CCUCGGGGGGUGGCAAUGUGUUGUGCUCGCUCAUCUUUAGUCCUACACCAGAUCACGGUUUGAGUGAACUACAACAGAGUAAUCAGGCAUUUGAACUCGGCACGCACGAGGGAUGCGUGGCCUGUCCUAUCAUGAAGUGGGCUUUAAGACCAUGCAGACGCCCUCUCAAAGCAGGCGUCUCAAGACGACCGUGAGGACAGGCUGGCUAACCAACUGUGUAGAAGAGUCCUUCGUAAGGUGACAGCGAAGAUACGCUAUGGCAAGCAAACCAGCCCUCCUAAUGAGGUUGAUGGCCUCGGCCUAUGCAGUGGCAGAGAAGUCUGGGGCUAUCGCCCGGAGGGUGAUGCAGAGUGGUGACCUGGGCAUUGUGGAGAAGACAGGAGCCAAUGACCUGCAGACUGCGGCUGACCGCUUGGUCCAACAGAGCAUCUGUGCAUCCCUCUCCCGCAGCUUCCCAAAGGUCACCAUCAUUGGAGAAGAGGACCUGCCUGCAGCAGUAGUGGAGGAGGAUCUGAUCGAGACCACUCAGACAGAGGAGGUCCUGCUGAAGCCCUGUCCUCCUGAAUACACCAGCCUGAAGGAGGAGGAGUUAGUGGUCUGGGUUGAUCCACUUGAUGGCACCAAGGAAUACACUGAAGCGGCGCGCGUGCUGGGCAGCAUCCCCCUCCCCCACCCCCACAACAGACUGAAGGCCCUCUCAGACUCAGAUACCGACCUUCAGCUGCUGGCUACUGCACUCCGGCUGCUUGAUCAUGUGACUGUGUUGAUUGGAGUGGCAUACGGGGGCAAAGCCAUCGCCGGAGUCAUUAACCAGCCUUUCUACAACUACCAGCUGGGCGCCGGGGCUGCGUUAGGACGGACCAUGUGGGGAGUCCUGGGGCUGGGAGCAUUCGGCUUCCAACUACAGGAGGUUCCGAGCGACCAGCGCAUUGUCACCACCACCCGUUCCCAUAGCAACAAGGUGGUGACGGACUGUGUGGCGGCCAUGGAUCCAACCUCGGUGAUCAAAGUAGGAGGGGCAGGGAACAAAAUUGUGCAGCUGGUGGAGGGGAAGGCCUCUGCUUACGUGUUUGCCAGCCCAGGCUGUAAGAAGUGGGACACCUGUGGACCUGAAGCCAUCCUGCAUGCAGUGGGCGGCAAACUGACUGACAUGCAUGGGAAUGCCUACUGCUACGAUGCCAACGUCAAACACAUGAACUCGGCCGGAGUGCUGGCCACUCUGCGGAACCACGACUACUACCUCAGCAGAGUACCACAGUCCGUGCGACAGUCACUGUCUUAAAGCUCACAAUGUGCCGGGGCGGCCGGUGGGUCAAGCCAUCUGACUUCUACAACUGGUGACCAAUAUGUCAGAACCCACAGUGAUUGGUCAAAACAAAAAGUAAGCUGGUGACCUGACUUCAACAACUGGUGGUGGCCAGUAUGACAGAACCCACAGUGAUUGGUCAGAACAAAUAGUAAGCUUAUGUCACAAUUACUUCUUUAAGAGUUUUGAUUAAAUCACUGUGGGUUCUGGCCAAUGGCCGUACUCUCGUUGGUUCUGACAUUUGGACGUGGUGGAGGCAUGGACUGGACCAAAAGUCAAAAGUAACCUGACAGCUAUUCACAGUUUAAACAUGUACAGUAUGUAUUAAUGUAGUUUGAACUCUUAUCACAUGCCUUCUUGAUGAGGAAACAAGCUACUGCUACCAUCUUUCAAAUAGCAAGACCUAUCCAUUUAUAAAUCUGAUUAUUGCAGAGCUUGCUAUAUACUGCACCUUAAGAUCAAUAGUGAUUUUUAGAGUGUGUGAAACUGUUGCCAAGUAAUAUUGUUAAUAUUCACAAUAUUCCCCUAUUUCCACUCAGUUUGUAAAGGCUCAUUUUUAUAUGCAUUAAAGGACCAAUUUUUGUCAUCUACUGUGUA